CUUUUCGUGUCUAAUCAACAAAAAAUAAAAUUAAAAAUUUUAUAUAAAUUAAAGUAUAUAAAAAAUUACACCCCAACUCAUUUGGGUUUCGGCUGCUAACGUUGAUAAAUCCUUGUUCGAAAUUAAUAUUUGAAAAAAAAAAUUAAUUCAAAACGCGCGUAAUCUCCACAACCAAACCACAUCCACACUACUGAAUUAUAUAGAGCAGACCGAAACUAGCACGUUGUUUUCGUCUCAGCAAAAUGGCGCCCUGCCUUUUCAUUUUUGACAUCGUGGUGUCACAUCUGGAGGUGUUCACUCAACAGAUUGUCGAUCCAAAGAUGUUAGUAGUGGAUGCAACCUUUAACCGUUUUAAUUUACCCAUCACGUCGAGUCGAAUUAACGUAACCGAGUUCAAGGCAAAUACGGGAAAGGAAUUUGUUGCUGAACCGAAAAGGUUGCGCGCAACUCUUGAGGAAUGCGGGCUGCCUGUGGUCGUGAGGUACAAAGACAGUGCGGUGGGUUCCGGAAAAAUUUGUUUUCCACAGAUGGUCACAGAUCGCAUAGAGGAGGGAAUGAGCGAUUUAAUGCACGUUGAUAGCUGCAACUUGGAUCGUGAUGGAGAGGUCGUCGGAAAGUUGGAAGUUCUAUGCAGACUAAUAAUAAAAUGCGAGCAGCUAAGGCCUGAAGAAAAGGACUGUAAAAAGAACAUGGAUAAGAGCAUUAAUCCGCAGGAUAUUCUAUUUGUCAUGGGCGAGUCGCAGCACUGUCCUAGCCCUUGUGAUCCCUGUCUGGAUGCGCUAGAGCCCGAAGAGGGGGAUGAGCGCCUAAAUUUGGAUCUUCAGCGCUAUCGCAGCUAUAAUGGAGGUACAGGUGGAGGCCUCGCAAAGACACUGGAAAUGAUGCACCAGCCGGCUGGAAAUGCUGCGUGUUGUGAGCUCAAGAAAAUGGCCAUGGAAUAUGAGCGAAUGAUAGAUUCAAUAACCAAGGGAACGGGACAGCCACCACCCCCGAAACCACCUUGUCGAGCGCAGGACGAUAUAUACCCUCGGCAUAGUUCACCUAAAAUGCCAACCAUGGAUAUGAACGUAUGCCAAGAAACUAAUAUACCUUGUUUCUCGUAUUCGAUGCAACAACCAUCUACUAACACAUUUGGCGAUGGUGAUUCCUUAGGAAUUGGUGUUAAGCCGAUACGUUUCUGUCCAGUCUGUCUGACCAAUAUGUCCUGGCUGCCGAAAUUCGCUGCGUGUCCCAAAUGUGGUGUGAAGCCCACGCCCGUUGUCGAAGAGCGUCUCAAGGAAAAGAAACUGACUGCUGAUCAGAUUCUGCAAGAGUAUCUGGGUAAGCCACCCGAAACCAUUGACGACUAUUGUGUCGAUCCGUGUGCAAAGGCGGCUAAAGAUAAAGCCGCUGGCGAUAGCGAAGACCAGAAAUGUCGUUGUACAUGCAAGUUUGGCAAACUGUGCGCUCAUUGCCGCAUUCGAAAGCUCUGCGCUGACAUCUUUCAGAGCAAGGAGACGAAAGAAACUUGUCCACCGGUUGCACCAAAAACAUCUGAGGACUUUUGCGUUGUAAACAAUACCGAUUGCCGUCCAUAUUUGGCGCGUGUGUUCUCUGAGCUGCGCGAUCUGUACGACAUUAAAGACACUACAAAAAAGCCGUCCGAAUUUGAAGAGCAAUGCGAGGAGUUGAUACCGUAUCCCACCGAAAACCAAACCAACUCCGAAAAGAACACCAAGAAAAAGAGCAAAGACUGUGACGAGCGCGCUAAGUUUACAAAAAAAGCAUUUUCGUCAAAGACCUUGAUCAAGCCCAAGGUGCAGCAUAUGGACAAGAAGUAUCCUGGAAUUCAAGUCGGCCACAAGGAUUGCAUUAAUCAACCAGGUGCCGUGCCGCGUCAUCAUGGCUGGAACUGGACCACGAGCAAAGAGGCGCGCAAACAUGGCUGGCAGCCGGGUGCCAUACGUAAGCCCAUCAAGAACCUAAUGAAGUUCUUUUUACAUAACUCAGGCCAGAAGACUCCCUUUAGCGAGUGCAAAAAGAUCGAGGAGGCGGAAAAAGAGAGGGAACGUCAAUUACCGGUGCUUAAUGUUGUCAAGAGAAAUGGCGAGAUAUUCAUCACAUUGCGACCACUUGGCACCUCUGACCUGAACAUGAAGCCCAUUGUCUUCAAGGUGGUCAAGAGCGAGCUAGCCGUGGCUAUGCGCGAAAUUAAACGCAAACUCAAGGACUUGGGCUUCAAGAAAUGUACGUGCCACAAAUCGGUUAUGAUGUGUGUCUGCCGUCACUACAUGGAGAAAAAGGAGCUGGAGAAGGAAUUGAACAGGGAAUGCGUCCGUCGCGGCAUGCCCUCGUGCGUCGACCAUUUGACGCUCACGGAUACCAGUGACAGCGAGCUGGAGUUCGACUUCGAUGUAACACCGCCGGCAGGCGUUGUCAAGCCACCGCAGCGAAACAAACCGCGCACCAUCAACAACGGCACACAGACGCUUAAGACCGAUCUGCGCGUGGUACCCAAGUACCCCAUCAAACUGAAUCCCUACUGGCGCACCUAUGAUUGCGCUGUAGGCGAUCGAUUCACGGGCACAGCGUUUGGCGCGCCCGGCGAGGAGGUCUUUGAGGAUGGCGCCUUUGGCUUCUUUGGCGGGGGGCCACACGGUAUGUCCGUGUGUCCAGGCGGGCGUCCGAAACUUCGCAGUAUUUGGGGACCUGGGCCCGGAGGGCCGAUGCGUGGUGGUCUCGGUCCUGCAGCUAUGAAGGGCUUCCCUGGCGGUGGCAAAACAGGACCAUAUGCAGAAGCCAAAAAGGGUAACAGUGAAUUCAUUCCGGUAAAAAUGCCCGAACGUUUCUCCAAGGGAGCAAAGGAGGCAGCUAAGGCUGCAGCCGAGGAAAAGAGAAAGGCAGAGGAGAAACGUAAGAAGGGCACAAACAUGAUGGAAUAUUUGAAAUCACAUAAGCCUACCAAGUGUGGCACCGAUAUUGCUAAAAACAGCCCGCAGUGCAACCGCCGCAAGCUACUGGAGAUGCCAGUGCCACCCUUGUGCGAGAUUAAGCGACGUGGCAAGCCCUACGAUCCAUGUCUGCCCGUGUGCUACGACUUUUGUGGUCGACCCUACGAUCCUCGCUUCAUUUGUUAAUUACCUAAUAAGCAACAGAAAUAGCAACGAUGGUUGAUGAACGUGGGAAAUUCAAACUAUCACUAUGUUUAUAGGCAACAAGAAAAUCGGAUUUAUGCUUGUUUUUAGAGUUCUAAAUUUCCUCACAGAUGUACAAGGUAGUGCGGCACCAGAAACAAAAGUUAAAUUUUCACAAAAUACUAUUUUACGUAAAUCCAAAAUAGCAAAUUGCCGAAUAAAACAAAAUAAAUUCUUUAAAAAGUGAAAAAAGUU